GACACGUACCCAAUGCCAUCGUUUCCACUCGUAAAUACAGCGAAUUGAGCUCGGAUUGACUACACCGUGGCACCGAAACGGAGGGCGGCGGAGUGACUGACCACCGCCCGUCGCCUGGCCAAUGGAGACCCAGCCUCCACCGCCGUAUCAGCUUCAGCGGAGGACUAAAUGGAUGGUUCCCCUGCUCACCUCCUUCUUCCUCUCAUCCCUCGUAAUCUCCGCCUCCCUCUUCGCCUUUUCCUCCUCUUCCAUCUCAUCCUUCUCCUCCGCCUCCUUGUCCCAACAGGCCCUCCUCCUCCUAUCCUUCUCCCAGAUCCCUAGCACCGUCUCCGAUGAGCCUCUCUUCGUCGAGUCUAAGCUCCUCUCCUCUUCGCCGCAUGACGCCGUGCCGCCUCGCCCGGUCCCCCGCCUCGCAUACCUCAUCUCCGGCUCGGCCGGAGACGGCCGUAGCUUGCGGCGGACCCUCCGCGCUCUCUAUCACCCGAACAAUCAGUACGUGGUUCACCUCGAUCUUGAAGCCCCUGCAUCGGAACGUCUAGAGGUCGCCGCUGCUAUACGAAACGAUCCUGUGUACUCUCGUUUCGGAAACGUGAGGGUCAUAGAUCGGGCGAAUAUGGUCACCUACCGAGGCCCUACUAUGGUUACGAACACGCUUCACGCCGCCUCUGUCCUUCUUAAGGAGCGCGGCGACUGGGAUUGGUUCAUCAAUCUCAGCGCCUCCGACUACCCUCUUGUCACCCAGGAUGAUCUACUCUAUGCACUUUCAAGUGUACCCAGAGAGCUGAACUUUAUUGAGCAUACAAGUGACAUUGGAUGGAAGGAGCACUUCCGAGCUAAGCCAAUAAUUAUCGACCCUGGGCUUUAUAGUUUGCAGAAAACUGAUGUCUUUUGGAUUACUGAGAAAAGAACCGUACCCACUGCAUUCAAGCUCUUUAUAGGUUCUGCUUGGAUGAUGCUUUCUCAUCAGUUCAUUGAAUUCUGUUUGUGGGGGUGGGACAACCUUCCAAGGACAAUUCUAAUGUAUUAUGCAAACUAUAUAUCGUCCCCUGAGGGAUACUUUCAGACAGUCAUCUGCAAUGCCCCUGAGUUUCGUAACACGACUGUCAACAAUGAUCUUCAUUUCAUAGCUUGGGAUAACCCUCCACAGCAGCAUCCUCACCUUCUCACCCUAGAAGACUUCUCAAAGAUGGUCAUCAGCAAUGCUCCAUUUGCCAGGAAGUUUGGCAGAAAUGACACUGUUCUUGACAAGAUUGAUAAGGAGCUCUUGGGCCGUGAUCUGGAUGGUUUUGUGCCUAGCAAAUGGUAUGAUGCACUAAAAAUGAAUAUAAGUGAUGAUCUACAGUAUCAAGUGAGGAAUGUCACUGAGCUCCGGCCUGGUCCCGGUGCUGAGAGGCUUAAAGUGCUAAUGAGCCGCCUUCUUUCAUCAGACAGUUUCAACGAAACGCACUGCAUUUGAUAUCAAAGUGAUGAAUUGGAGCAGAAGGGAUCAGUUGACUGUUUGGAUGCAAUCUGAAACGAUAAAAAAUCUUUGUGAGCAGCAAUUUGUCAGUAAUCUCUGAUUGUGUUGUACACUUAACAGGUGAAGCCGCGUUUGAACUUUCUUCCCUGGAUCUGGGUAGAUCGUAAGUUUGUUGAUGCCAUCCAAUUCCUGUGUACCCAUUAGCCCCUUACAGUGUACCCUACUGAAUUUUACUUUUCCCAAAAUGCGUAUAAGCUCCAUUGCUGUCGCCAAAUUUAUCUCAUAAAUAUUAUUCUGACAAUGUUUUGUUUGA